GGCGGGGCAAGACAGAAACGCACGGCACGCAUCCCCGCACACACACGCGCGCACACACACAAACACACGAACUCUCACCGAGCUCUUCUCCGACAGCGGAGAGAGGGCGAGUGAGCGCAGAGAGGCAUAAACAAGGCGGGAGCGAGAGAGAGAGACCAUAGGAACGCAGCGGCUUGUGGCGCGUGUGCGUGCGUGCGUGUGUGUGUGCGCGUGUAGGUACGCUCGCUCGCUCGCUCGCUCCGUGGUACAAGCGACUGGCGGGGCGGAUAUGGAGGGGCUCGGGAAAAACGCUGGGAACUGACCGAGCUCGGAGACGAAGAGAGGGGGAGAGAGAGAGAGAGUGAGAGAGAGAGAGAAGACGGACGGACAGCACGGAAGGAAGGAAGGAAGGAAGGAAGGACAGGAGGAGAGGAGGAGAGAGAGAAGUCUGACAGAGGAGAGGAAGAGUGUGAAGAAGGGGCUCGUCUGGAACACGCAAGGAUCCUAAGGAGUGAGCCCUGGGCUGGAUGGGACCCACCAUGCCCCCCAGCAAGAAGGCCCAGAGCCCCAGUAGUGGAGCCAGUGCCUCGCAGGGCAUGAGCCCGCCGUACCGGCAGGGGGACGCCGCCACCGCCGCGUCUGAGGCUGAGGCGGCCGACCUCUCACUGUCCCUCUCCGCCUCCUUCUCCAAGGCCGAGGACGAGGAGCUCACCAGCCUCUCCUGGCUCCACGAGAGCACAGACCUCCUCAACAGCUUCAGCCACUCGGGGCUGCGCAGCGUCUCCCCUCUGCAGGACCCUGACGGGCAGCACCCGCGUUCGCCCUCCUCCUCGUCUCCCUCCCCGGACGACGCCCUGCUCGGCGACGGACACUCGGUGUACGACUUGGCAGCAGGCGCCAACCGAAAGCCGCCGUACUCCUUCAGCUGCCUGAUCUUCAUGGCCAUUGAGGACGCGCCGAACAAACGGCUGCCUGUUAAGGAUAUCUACGGCUGGAUCCUGGAGCACUUCCCAUACUUUGCAAACGCCCCCACAGGCUGGAAGAACUCGGUGCGCCACAAUCUGUCGCUGAACAAGUGCUUCAAGAAGGUGGAUAAAGACCGGAGCCAGAGCAUAGGCAAAGGCUCCCUGUGGUCCAUAGAUCCGGAGUAUAGGCACAACCUGAUCCAGGCACUGAAGAAGACGCCGUACCACCCCUACUCGCCCGGCCUGGCCACCCCCUCCACCUCUCCGCCCACCCUGCCGCAGACAUUUCACCACAGUGGCGGACGGUGGGAGGUUGUCAUGAGAAAUUACCCCCGUGGACCACAGCAGCGAGGCUGUAAUUCUCUGAGUCCUCCGUUGUGGUCGGGGAGUCCCCUCUUCAGAAAGAACGGAGGAGUUCUCCUACAAGUUCCCCGCGGCGUCAUCCAAAAUGGCGCCCGCGUCAGGAGCCAGGCCCUCUUCCCCGUGAUCAGACCCCUACCCGUAAGCCCUGUGGGGAGCAGAACCUCGGCCAUAAGAUCAUCCCUGGGAGAUUAUCUAAGUCGAGGACAGGACAGCCCAUCCUGCUAUUCGCCUCCGCCCUGCGGCGAGGACCUCCAGGAUGACCACACUUACAGCACCGCCAAAUCCCCCAGCAGGCUGUGCUCUUCCCAGGUCGCGGCCUCUUCCUGCCCUCUGGACGACGACGACAUCAUCGCCGUGGAGAUCCAGUCGGACGUCAAAACCGAGCCCCGGGAGAUCCCACUGGAUUCCCACCUCGCCGCCGCCGCCUACAUUUCCCAGCAGCCCCUGCGCGGACAGAGACGUAGCUCGGGGUCGGGCGCGGGGACGCUGGCGGGCAGCAGUUUGCCCUGGACCAAAAGCCGAGCGAGGGGCAUAAGCGACACGCUGCCGCUGAAAAAGCGGCGCGCGGCGGCGGUGGAGAAGCCGCCGGAGAGCGACGACGAGGAGAUGAAGGAGGCGGCGGGGUCGCUGCUCCACCUGGCGGGGGUCCGAGCCUGCCUCAACAACAUCACAAACCGCACCGCCAAGGGCCAGAAGGAGCAGAAAGAGGCCCUGAGAAACUAAUACACACACGUAGAACAAGUACAUAGUCAUGCAAACACACAGACAGUAUACAGUUCAACGCACGCCCACACACACACACACACGCACACAUUAACACACAAAACACACACAUACAAUACACAAAUAGGUCAACAGGUAAAGUUACGACAGCAUUACUCUCAACGGACUCUUCUCAUCUCCCUCUAUCUAUCUGCAGGGCAUUAGGUGAAUCCUACUUAUUUGUGGCAAUAUCAAAAAUCUAUGUUUUCCUACAUGUUCAGCAACACUAACAUCAAUGGGUAUUUCUCAUGUGUCUCUGUUGUUUUGUUGUUUAAAAAGGGGAUGAAAGCCAUAAAAAAAAACACACGAGCAUGUUUUGUCACUAAUUUGGAAAAGUCGAAACCCGACUUAACUGAAUCACAUCGAGGGAGCGCGCGGCGCGGUACCCGAGCGGGAGGUGGCCGUUUGUCCUACCUGUUUGUUCCCAUGUGAAUCUGUAGCAAUCUUGCAGCGAUGCCGACGGGGGCGAGUCGCGGGGGAGGGGGGGGGGGCCCUCUCGGCCGCUCGCAGGCGUCACUCUCCGACAUCCACGAGCACAAAUGUGAGACUGUGCCAAAGAUAAGCGACCAGGUUGCUUCAUGUAGCCGAUACGACAGCUGACAAAAAAAAGAAGAAGAAGAAGAAGAAGGCAUAGUGGUGAAGAAGAGCGAGAGUGAGGACGACCUUGAGUGUCGAAAUAAUUGUAAAACCCAAUGUGAUAUAUAUAUUCAUGCACUUAAGAUUAUUUUACGCCACUUAUAAUAAAAACAUCAUGGGUAAAGACAUGGUUUAUUUCAAGAGCACUCAUAGUAUUUAAGAAUAGAUAUAUUAAAAUGAAAAAGAAAAAAAAAAGGGGUAAUGUUUAUCACCAUAGAGAUGGAUAGUGUGCCGGGUCUGAGGCAAUAUCUCCUUCAUUUUGUUGUUGUUGUUGCAUAAUGUAAACGUCCCUGAGAACCCCCCCCCCCCCCAAGUACUUCUGUCCAUAGACGUAGUCACCCGGUAUAGAUACCAUAGCUGCCAGUAGCUGCCACACCUUCCUCUUCAUUUGACAACGUCAAAGAAAACUAUAUACAUGAACUGUGGGGUUUUUAGAUUUUUCCCGUUCCGUGUCUGUUUACCCUCCACUCUACCCUCAUAAAGAUAUAAGCAAUUUGUCCCGCGCGGGCAACUCUGUAAAAAGGUUAGAAAAUAUUUUAUUUUUUUCCUUUCUUAAUUGAAGCAAUUUGACCUGCAGGACUUUCUCAGUUAUAUUGCAUGGGUGCUUGUAAAUAAGAUAAAAAGCAAAUCUUUUUUAUUCAAAGAUCAUGUAAGAUAAACAAUGUAUUUAGCAUGAAGCAUGACUUAUUUUCAUAUAAACCUUGAUCCUAGAGGAAAGAAAAAAAAGUUUUGCCGCCAAUUCUUAUACCCGUGGUUAUAUUGGAGUUUUUUGGUUUUCUUUUUGUUUUCUUUUCUUUAAAUCUUUUUGGGGUUUCUUGUUUUUUCUGAGCGGGCUUUCAAAGACACAUCUUCAGGGAGGAAUGUUGGGAGAUCACUCUGCAAUUUAAGGCCCCGGGGGGCCACCUCCGGGGUUCGGGGUUCAGGCUCUGUAGGCCAGCUCACUCACCUCGUAUGGGGUGGGCUUCAAUCUUCUUCUGCCUGUACAGUGAUAUUUUAUUUUUAUUUUUAUUUUUAUGUUUUUUUCGGUGUUCAGUGUUAACCCCAGUGUUAUUUCAGAACACGCCUGUAGAGUGUGUGCGUUUGUGUGUCCAAGGGACACACACCCUUUAACAUUGUGCCUGCCUGCCUGCCCUCGUCACCUCUGUUGUAUGACAGAACGUUACUCGUCUUUAUUUAUAACAUUAUUGUCGUCGUUUUUUUUAGGUUUUUUUAUUUUCUCUCUCUCUCUCUGUGUGUAAAUGUACACGUGUCCUUUAUUUUCCAUCAGCAGUGUUCAGUGUUUAACGUGCGGAUCAGACGGGAAUAGGAAACUUCCAGACAGAACCUCAUGCCUCUAAAAAAAAAAAGUUCGAAAAAAGGCUUCAUGGGAGUUGAAUUGAAAAGGAGGAGGGAUGUAGGAGAUGGCAUCAAUGACACAAUUAACGUCUUUUUUUUAUAAUUGACAUACAGUAUUUUUUAACCCUUUGAUUGAAGGUAUUACAUGUGGAUUGUGAAGCUUUGCAUUCAGUCCAUCAUAUGUUUGUCUCGAGAGCCCAGUCUGGAGAUCGGAGUUAGAUUCUUUGCCACUCAACUACGUGUCUGCGAAUCUCCCUUCGCAUUGAUCGAAAUUUGCAGGAGACGUUUUCUUGCGUCAGAAGGCUUAUAGACACUGCACUGCCGUUACUGGGCAUGCGCUCCCUAAAUCUGCUGUGAAUCAUAGCGUUCAUUUUUCCCUCACUUGCACAGAUGCUAAAAAAAAAAAGAAGAGAUUUGUUGGAGGAAAACAAAGGCUGGGUUCUGGGUGUAGCAGCAGAGUCACACGAGGUUCUUGUUUGACGCCGAGUGAUCGUCAGCGAUCCGAGCAGGCAAAAACAAAAUGCAUGUCCCAUCCACUGGUACAGUCCUUUGCCACCUGUAGCAUGCAUCACUGGCUUUGUAUUUCGUAUGGUGUCCAAUGCCGGCAUAUUUAAAAAAAGAAGAAGAAAAAAAGGCUAAAAGGAGACACUGUCAGUGUUCUUGUUGUGUGCCAUCCGUCUCUCGUCUGAUAUCUGUCUGAGUGCUCCCGCGGCCCCGGGGUCAAGCACUCUGCUGUAUUCUUGCAGCAACAAUCCACUGUUGUGGUGACUAAUAACGUGUUCGGUUGGCAAGAGGCAUGUCGGGGGGAGAACGCGUUGCUUUAGCAACCGCCCUUUUUCCUCUCUCCUCUGACUCACUCGGUGACACGCGGGAAAGGUGAGCCCCGUGACCUGCGCGUCCCGGGAAAACACGACACAUAAAUACAUACCUGGGACGAUUUUAAAGCAACAGGAAAAAUUCACUUUACUGCCUGAAAAGCCCCUUUAAAAUAAGUGUUUCUUUUCAAACCUGCCAAACAUACAGUGAGACGCUGUAAGAGAUGUAGUGGCCAUGUUCAUGUUCGGUUUUGUUUUCUCUCUGAUGAAUUUAUCUACAAUACUGCCAUUCUUUUUUUUCUGUGACUGUCUCAGCUGAAUAUUGGAAAGCCAUAGGUUAGAGAUGUCAAAAUGCAAAACUGUUAUUGAUCCGUGAGAUGUGAUGCAGAGUGCGCCCAGGUGUUGGGGUUCUUUUUUUUGUUGUUUUUUUUUUUUGUUUUGUUUUCCCAGUAAAUGUUAAAUUCUCUCCUUAUUGUGCAAUCAUAUUGCCAAAGAAUGAUUUCAAGACCUAUUUCAUCACUACGUGUAAAUAUCAACGUUGUCCAAUACCGUGGCAAAAAAAAUAUAUAAAUGUCGUUUUAUUUUGUUUCCAUUUUUCUGAAAAACUACAAUGAUGUUUAUGUGAUGUAUUGUCUUCCAGUUGGUUGCAAUAAUAAAAAAAAAAAAUACAAGUUGCA